CGUCCCUUAAUAUGCAUCAGGCACUUGACGUAGGCACUUCCAUGCCUUUGGGGUCCUAAGAAAGAGCUGAAGGUGCGCAGGAAGGAAGCUGGACGAUAAUGGCAGCGAGUCGACUGGACGGAAUAAAGUGAUCUCCGGGAAUGGCAGGUCUGACUUGAUGCUAAUAAAGAUAAACACCAGCCCACAUUGUUCCCCGGUGGCUAACGGUCCCACUGUGAGUUUUUUUUGUUUGUUUUGUUUUUGCGGUCCAGCGCUGCAGGCGUCAUUUUGAGGUCGGUGUUCCUACGAAUCAGACACCAUGUACUGCCUUCAGUGGUUGCUGCCGGUCCUCCUCAUCCCGAAACCGCUGAACCCGGCCUUGUGGUUCAACCAUUCGAUGUUCAUGGGUUUUUACCUGCUCAGCUUUCUGCUGGAGAGGAAGCCAUGCACCAUCUGUGCCUUGGUCUUCCUGGCCGCCUUGUUUCUCCUUUGUUAUAGCUGCUGGGGAAACUGCUUCCUGUACCACUGCCAUGAUUCUCCCCUGCCAGACGCCGCGCACGACCCCAGCAUUGUGGGCACCUAGACCCCUCCGGUUGCUGUGUGAGCUGAGCUCCUAUGCCGGGCUCGGCAUAUACGAGGACACUGGACAAUCUGUAUCUAGACUGUGAAUAACAUCCCGACUUUGAACUCUUUGAAAUUUGCGAGGAGCGUCGUCUUUCCUCUGCCUCUGUUUUGGCGGGACGGAUCACGCCGUUCUCCGUCAUAACCCUUUCAUCCAGAUUUGAGUUUAAAGCCCCACCACCCCCCAUUCCCACCACCACCCCACCUCUUUCCUGCAACCACCAAUUGCAUUACUGGAUCUACAAUUUGCAUGGGUUGACUUUAGCAUUCUGUUCCCCGUUCAUGCUGACGAUAAGUUCAUGCACCUUUUUGUGUUUUUGUCAUAACACAAUGCUGAUAGUUCCCAAGAAGGGUAGAAAGCAGUGUGUGUGUGAGUAUGAGUGUGUGCUUGCGCACCUGUCAGUUGUAGAAGCGGAAUACCAUUUGGAAUGAGUUGAGUCUUAAGUGUUACAUGGCUGGAAAAAGAAACAAAAAAGAAAAACAUGAUUAAUAUGAGUCACUGUGUCCCUCUGUAGACGCCUCACAGUAAUGGCAGAGAUAUUGAAACAAUCAGAAGUUCAAUGGGCGUCGCUUCCAAAUUCUGUGUAGUAAGGUGGUAUUGGCACACUGUAAUUGAUAUAUCACCUAAUUUAAUAAAGUUGAGUUUAAAAAAAAAAAAAAAAAAAAACAGACGGGGGCUAUUUUCCAUGUGCUGGAAAUGAACGAUAUGAGGUUCGUCUCUGGUGACUUUUUUCACACCGAGUGGAAAUGCUGGACGCGGCAGCUGCUGUUAUCUGUUACAGAUUGAUUUAUCAGUCUCCGAGGCCUGCUGACUGCUAACGUCGGGAAGGACUGCUGCGCGCGUGAGGCUCGGGGGAAGAACUUUAACCCAGCCCGACUGGCUUCGCCGAACUUCCGCAAGUCAUAGGAAUUGAAUACGAAAUGAAACCUCUCUGGUACCGUUGUCGCUCUUUAGAGAAAAAAAAAAGUGGGACCCGUUGGAAAUAAGAGAACGCUUGGUAAGAGGCGUGGGGUUCUGCGUUCCACCUGUGGGAAUGGCCGGGGCAGCAAUAAGCACAGCGCUGGAGCCUGGCCAUCGACUCAACUCCAGACACCACACAGCGUUCAAUGAGUUUUUCCCCUGUCGACUUUUAAAAGAUGCAUUUUGACAAUGAAUCCCCAGAAGAAGAAAAAAAAAAAAACCCAUUGUAUUGUGUGUUUUGUAAUGCACGUUGGCAACUGCCAAUGAUAAACCCAUUUUGCUCUCAUUAGAUUAGAGUAUAUAGGUCUGAUUUGAUCUCUUGUGAAAUUGUGUGGAAACUCGCUAAUUUGUAUUUGAAAUUUUUUGCUGUGUCAUUAUUCGAAGUCUGUGUCCAAUGUUUUUGUUGUCCUUUUUUCAGUUCGGAAGCCUUUGUCAGAAUGAAAUGGGCUUCUCGUGUAUAUAAAUGAGGUUUUGAGUGAAUGCACACUUUGUGCUUGGUUUUCUAAUGGCUGGUUAAGCUCAAGCCCAUUUGUGUAUCAGAGUCCCCAUAAAUUUAGUUUGUGGGAGCAGCAGCAGGGUUAUGUUCCUCAGCCAUCUGGAGAUGCACUGGGGGAAGGAAAGUAUUGAAAUUAAUCUUUUGGGUACUGGGAACGAACAGAAAUGUUUUUGGGUUUCAAAAUGGGGGCGGGGCGGGGGGGGGGUGCAGGCAAUGUCCAAUUCCCACAGUCCUUUGCCAAUCCCUCUGAUCCACAGCAUUCAGAAAUGUCAGCCAUUUUGACGGAUGAGAACUUUAGAACCAUAAACAUAUGGCGGUUGGUUUGCUCAUGCUCUCUCUGCUAACGUGCAGCUCCUCUGCAUGCCUCUCAAAUUCAGCGGCAGAUCAUAUGACCCUGCGCCUUCUAUUUUCAUUCUGUCUGUAUGGGGAAGCGUAACUGGAGCUUUUGAGAUCUAAUACAGGGGAAUAAUCACAUGCGUAAAAUUAGCAGCUGCCGUUAGCCUCUGCUAGGUCGCUGAGCUGUUGAGAUCAGGGCUGAACUGUAGGAACUGGCAACACUGUUAUUGGCCCGAGGCUCAUGUAUUUUAAACUCACGUUCACGCAUCACAAAAGUAGUUUUGCACAAUAGCUUAUGUAUAGAAUAUUGUUGAAUACUGCUUCUUUUACAAAAAGUUUUCUUUUUUUUCUUUUAAUUUCCAUGCUUGAAGCAGAUGAACCAAUCAUUGUUACUGCUUACUAUCCACAUUGGAUGUAAGGUGUUGGGAAUCCUUGGGUAUUAUUAUUUUGCUUUGCGGUACCGAUCUCAUUUGAGGCCUGUACUUGUGGUGAUUAGUAGAGAUCCUUUUGAGUGGGGAAAACUGCACUUUUAAUGAUUUGCUGUUCAGAGAUUUGUGUUUUGCAGCGAACCCGCAUUAGAGAAUGACUUUUGAACCCAGUGUAAUGACAGAGUGGACUGCUGCAUUAAGGUAUUGCAAACAAUUAAGCAAAUGCUGAAUGCUUAUCAAAUAUCUUUUCAAGUAUAACCAGGCUUUCUCGCUGACUGUGCUGCGGGUUAUCGAGGCGCUUGUGUUGUUUUUGUUUUUUGCGGAUUUGUUGUGUUCUCCUUGAGUUGGAACACUGCCAAUGGGUGCUUUCGAAAAGCUGUGAGCCUCCCAUCUGUCUCAACCCCCCCAUCUCUGCCCCACCCUCUGCCUCCUACCAAUCUCACUGCCCCGCCCCCUCCCUCCUACCAAUCUCACUGCCCCGCUCCCUCCCUCCUACCAAUCUCACUGCCCCGCUCUCUCCCUCCUACCAAUCUCACUGCCCCACCCCCUCCCUCCUACCAAUCUCACUGCCCCACCCCUCCCUCCUACCAAUCUCACUGCCCCACCCCCUCCCUCCUACCAAUCUCACUGCCCCACCCCUCCCUCCUACCAAUCUCACUGCCCCCCUCCCUCAUGCCCACCCAUCUCGCUGUCUCGCCCCCUCCCUCCUACCCAUCUCACUGCCCUGCCUCCUCCCUCCUACCAAUCUCACUGUCCCACACCCAUCCCUCCUACCAAUCUCAUUUGCCCCGCCCACUGCUUCCUACCCAUCUCACUGCCCCGCCCCCUCCCUUAUACCGAUCUCACUGCCCCGCCCCAUCCCUCCUACCCAUCUUCCUUCCCCACCCCCAUCCCUCCUACCCAUCUCAUUUGCCCCGCCCCUCCCUCCUAUGCAUCUCAUUUGCCCCGCCCCCUCCUACCAAUCUCACUGCCCUGCCCCAUAACUCCUGCUCACCUUCCUGCCUAACUUGGCCCUGACCGUCUUCUCAUUUGCAUCUUUGUUGUUUAUCUGUUUACAGCCUGUUGCAAGGGAUGGCAGUCGGCACCAAAUCGUUCUUUUUUUUUGAAAUGCACCAAAUACAAUAAAUGUUUCAACAACA